UAAUAAAUGUCUCAGAUCUACUGUCUGCAGGGUAGCACCUCCUCCUACUGGUUUGUCUAAUUGGAACAAAAUAGAGGAGACCUACAUAAAUGCCAAGUCUUGGCUGUGGCUUUCUUUCAGUGAGUUCUGUAAACAAUAACCUAGAGGUUUUAUGGAGGUUUUGUGAAAUUUGCCCUAGUUAUGCAAUGCUGGCAAACCCACAGUAAGGCAGAGUCAAUUAUUGGGCUGAUUUAUAAAAUUGUAGGCUGUCCAGACUGUGAUAUUCAUCUGUUUGGCAGGCAAUACUCAUGCAACCCUUAUAGAGGAUCUAUUAUUCUCCAUACAAAGCAGAUGACUUGCUGUAGCUACAAAUACUCACACUUUCUGGACGUUCAUACCUGUUUUGCGUAACGAAGUCUUUUUUAUUAUUAUUAUGUUAUGUUGCAGCACAUAACCUACACGUAAAACUAAAACAUUUUCUUGUCCACGGCAAAGCUGUUCUUUCUUGGCAAAGCGGCUGACAGCCCCUCAGCAACAGCUAGAGGCAUGCAAAGUAGUCUUGCACUUCCUUUUACCAUAUAUAGCUCAUACCGGCGCGCACAAGAGCAGACGGAACCGUCUCGGAGAAAUUAAACCGUUUUCCUGUCAUCAGAUGAGGACAAAUUAACGUUUAUUGCUUAGUUUACAUCUCCCGUCUUAAAGGGAUAUACCACCAACCAGUUGCGUAGAUUUCGAUGGGCGAAGAAAAGUCUGAGACGCACAGAAACAGUCGCCGGCGCAUCGCACAACAGUGAAUGAGAAAUCCACAGAUAGUGAACGAGCAUGUCGACACUGCUGGAUCUGAAGAGCAGUGUGCUGAGGCAGGUGCAGAGGAGCCAGUCCCUGAGGACCAGGAGGGAGCCACCGGCCGGCACCAGCGCUGGAGGGAGUCCCCCGCCGCUCGCCCGCCGCUCUGGCACCAUAGUACACAGGGUUGCCAGGGGAAACGGGGAGUUCUUUGACCGCAUGAAUAAAAUCCUCCAGAAACAGGAUAGUCUGCUGUCUGCCGGCCAAACUGAGGUCAUGCCACAACAUUUCAUUUGGCUAAAGGAGGAGAGCAGCUGUGCUCCUCCACCCCCGGAGUGCAAAGACCAGCCUUUUGUUCCAGAGAGAUCCACCAGAGAUGAGCUGGAUUUGUUGUACGAGGAGGCGAUCUACACUGUGGUCAAUCGUGUUGGGGUACCAUCGCCAGAAUAUGUUACCAACGAAGGGGACAUUUUCAACUACCUGCAGAAGGUCUUUGAUAUGGGUCAAGAGGAGCAUGACAUCAUCCUUCAGAGAGUCAGAGAAUCCAAGAAAGCCAGCUUUUCUCUCAGGGUCUCUGUAAUGAAAGGCAAGAAUCUCAUGGCGAAAGAUGCCAAUGGCUACAGUGACCCCUACUGCAUGCUGGGAAUCCUCUUGGGACAGUCGCCCAAAGACACUGAGGAGAAGAAAGAGAGGAAGUUCAGUUUUCGCAAGAGACGGGAAAAAUUAGAGAAGCGCUCCAGUGUUAAGGAAGUGCUGGCGGGCCGAGAUAUCCAGGUGACCGAAGUCAAACCAGAGACUCUUAACCCAGUGUGGAAUGAACACUUUGUUUUUGACAUUGAUGAUGUUCACAAUGACCUGCUCCAUCUGGACAUAUGGGAUCACGAUGACGAUGUUUCUGUUGCGGAAGCCUGUAAGAAGCUGAAUGAAAUCAGUGGAUUCAGAGGAAUGGGCAGAUAUUUCAAGCAAAUUGCCAAAUCCGUGAGGUCUAAUGGGGCUACUGCAUCGGGAAGCGAGGAGAAUGCUGAUGACUUCCUGGGUUGCAUCAACAUCCCGUUGAAUGAGAUCCCAGUCGUUGGUUAUGAUAAAUGGUUUAAGCUGGAGCCCAGAUCCAGUGCCUCUAAAGUUCAAGGAGAAUGUCACCUGAUUCUUCGCCUCUUUACCACUCAGAGAGACACAGCCUUGAGUAAAAUGGCCUCCAAUGUGACCAUUCACAAGAAGAUGUUGAGCCAGAUUCACUAUGAACAUAAUCAAAUUCAGAAAGAGCCUUAUAACUGGAAUGGACAAGUGUGUGCGGCUGCAUGGACUGUGCUGUCCCAUCAUGCAGUGCAGGCCGACCUCUCCCCUCUGCAGCAGGCCAUCAUCCGUUGGCAGUGUUACAGCAGCCAUCACCGCUAUCAGAGGAUGAGCUACGCUCUGCUCCUCAGGCUGCUGAAAACCGUGGAGGCAGAGUGGGAGGAUACUGCUGUGAACAGGGAGCUGGAGGGUCUCUUGGCAGAGAGCUUCAGACUUUACUGUGAUUACUGCCUGUCUCAAAUGAAGAGUAUGCGUCAAGUAUUCCCCUGCAACAACUCUGCUGCCAUCAUACGCUGUGAGCUUAUGCUGAGGAGCAUUGGUCACAUGCAGUCAAUGGCAGCCUUUAGAGCCGUGUGUUCAAACCGCAGCGAACUGCACUUGGAAAUAGCAACAGUUAUAAAGAAAGGUACAGUUGAGUGGUAUGAAGGAAUAAUAUCAAACAUCAAACCAGAUGAAGGCAUUCUAGAGGAGCAGCUGAGGCGUUUGGUUAUGGUGGUGGAUGCAGUAUGUGUUGAUGUGCAGAGAGGACAAAAUGUCUACAACAAGCUUUAUUACAGCUCUGUGAAGGUUGACUUCUUCAGCAUCUCCUACCGGCAGUUAGAGAAGCUUGUGGCAGAUGACGUGAAUGUGGCAAUGGAGCGAGUGUGUGGGAACCUGGAGCAGGAGAGUUCACGACUCACCCAAACCAUGGGAGAGACCCUUUUUGAGCUCUAUAUGUCUCUGAAGUCCCUCAAGCGCUUCAGGGAGUUUCUGCCUCUUAAAGACACUAAGAUGUUGGCUCUAACUGGAUUUCACAACUGGUUCAAGACCUCUAUUCAUAAAUGGCUGCAUAUUGUACAUGAAAGAUCCACUGACAGGAUCCGCAAAGCUGUGGAAAUGGAUCAGCUGGAGCCGAUCCAGAGUCAGACCAAACACAGCUCCUCGGCGGUGGACGUUACGACAUGCUUCAGCCAGGUGCGGGAGUUCUGGGCCCAGCUGGCGUGGCCUGAUUCAGCGGGAGCCUUCAUUUUCAUCACACGCCUGACGGACAAUUUCUGCAGCGAGGUGGUGUGUUACGCCGAGCUGAUAAAGCGCAAGAUUGAGAGGGGCCAGCUGGGACAAGACCACAAGAGUUUCAUCGUGCAGGUUUGUGUCGCUCUGAAUAGCACGGAGCAUGUGCGCGUGUACCUGGGGGGUCUGCCGCGGGACCUGGACUGGCGGGGGGUCGAACAGGCCAUGGAGGAGUCGUGCGGCUUGGAAGGGAAGGAGCAGGUCAACAAGUCCCUCAAUGGGCAGCUCUACAACGCUGAUAUCGACCUGCAGAGGGAGGCCAAACGCCUAAUCACACACCUUACUGAUAGGAUGCUUCCUGAACUCAGAAAAUGUAUUCAACACAUCAGCCUGUCUCCAGACUCCAUUAACACUGAUGAGGCUGUGGCUCCUCUGAUGAAGUACCUAGAUGACACUCUAGUCAUCCUCAAUGAGUCACUGGUUAAAGAGAAUCUAACAAGGGUUCUGCAGAGUCUGUGGGAGCUGCUCCUGCGGAUGAUCCUGGACACUGUGGGGGAAAACAGGGGCGUCCAGGUGGAAUUCUACACACGGUUCCAGUACACCGUAGAGACACUGGUGCAGUUCUUCCACGCUGAUGGAGAAGGACUGCUCUUAGAAGACCUUAAGAGUGGAGAUUAUAAGGCCCUGGACGAGGAGCUGCGUCUGAACAAAUGCUCCUCCUUUGAGCUGAUCGAACAGUAUUUCCUGGAGAAAAUCUCCCAGCAGAGAAUCUUAAAGCACAGUCGUUUUGGUCGUAUCAGUGUGAAGUGUUACUAUGAUGCACCUGAGCAAAGACUUACUGUGGAGAUACUGCAUGCAGCUGACCUCAUUGCCCUGGAUGCUAACGGCCUCAGCGACCCAUUUGUCAUCGUGGAGCUGUGUCCUCACCAUCUGUUCCCCACGGCUCGGAGUCAGCGCACCCAAGUGAAGCUCAAAACCCUGCAUCCGGUUUUUGAUGAGCUUUUUUACUUCCAUGUCAGCCCUGAGCAGUACAGGCACAGGUGUGCCUGUCUGACCUUCACUGUGAUGGACUAUGAUUGGUUGUCCACUAAUGAUUUCGCUGGCGAGGCUGUUGCCCCACUGAGUGACUUCUGCUGGCCGGGCAGGCCAAGUGCCACACCUGCUGGAAAGACCCUUCAACCGGUUAUCCUGCAUUUGUCCCGCCAAAAACCAAGCGAGAAGCCCAUCAUGAAGAUGCUGGAGGCUAGAACAGGAGACAGAGAGGCUCAAGAGUUUGUGCGAAAGCUGAAAGAGAUCGAGAAGUCAAUGGAGGAAGAGUAAUGUGUCCCCUGUAGUGCACGUAUUUCUGAUGGUGGUCUUUUUUACCUGUUGUACUGUUUACUCUUUAAAUGCAAACUCUUUUAAAUGUAUUUUUCACUGUUGUCCAGAAAAAAAAAAAGGUAAGAUCAUGUUUAAAGAUCAGUAUUUUAUCACUGUUCAGCACUUAAUGUGUGCUGUGUUUUGAUGUUGAAGCCCUCUGCUUAUUGUUCAUAGGAUUGUAUGAAUUUAGUAGUAGAAGGGUCUAUUUUGAAAGAAACAUUUGAAUUCAAACGCUUAUCUGAGCUUUAGAUUAUGACUUGAACUCAGAGAACUUGAACUUUGAAAUAAAGACGAAUGUUUACUUGAGGAUUUUCAACAAACACUAUAAAAGUAACAGAAUUUCAAUACAUGCAGCAGUUUUGCAAGGCCACGUACACACUGCAGAUAAAUACGGUUUACUGCAAAAAAAAAAAAAAAUCCUUUUCUUGAUCAGUAUUUUUGCCUUGUUUUCAAGUCAAAAUAUCUAAACAUUCUUUUAGAGAUUUGUUUUCAUACAAUAUAUCUCAAAUUAAAGAUAUUUUUCUGAUGUCUGAGGAGUAAAAAAAUACAUAUACAGGAAAAACCAUUUGCAAGGAACUUGCAAGAAACUAUCAAUUCAUUAACUUUUUUGUUCGCUUUAGGAAUAGUAUAUGAAAUAUUUUGUUGCUUUUUUUGUGUGUAAAAUGUUUUUUUUUUCUUUUCUUUUUUUCAGGUUUAUGCUGUCUAGCAUUCAAAAUUUUGGGGUUAGUAAUUUUUUUUUUCUUUUUUUUUUUUUGAAGUCUCUUAUGCUCACCGAGGCUUUAUUUAAUAUAAUUAAAAAUAUAUAUUUUAUUUAUUUUCAAAUGCAAUUUAUUCUUGUUUUGGCAAAACUGAAUUUUCAGCAUCAUUACUCCAGUCUUUAGUGUAACAUGAUCCUUCAGAAAUCAUCUUAAUAUGCUGAUUUGCUGCUCAAGAAACAUUUCUUAAUAUUACAAAUGUUGAACGCAGUUGUUCUACUUAAUAUCUUUGUAGAAUUUGUGAUAAAUUUUUAUUUUCAUGAUGAAUACAAAGUAAAAACAAAAAUAAUUGUUUGUAACAUUAUAAAUGACAUUUACUGCCACUUCAAUUUAAUGCAUCCUUGCUAGAUAAAAGUAAUAAUUUAUUUAAAAAUCUUACUGAUCCCAACCAACUGCUAACGUUUCUUUAAAAAUAGCUAACACUAAACUGAGUGUCUCAAACAAGACAGUUUCACGCAGCUCCUCUUGUUUAUCUUUGCACCAAGCCCAUAAAUCAAAUGUCAUUUUCAAAUGGCCUUUAAUAUUUCCCCAGAAAAUUUGACAUGGAGAAUGUUGGCAUCUUUGUUUUUUUACAGCCAAACCGUUGCUAUGGUUAUCACCACGUCAACCAUCGCAAAAGUGACUCCUGUAUUCCACACACACAGAAGGGAUUCACUGCCGCAUUUAAAUGCAGUCGUCACUCCCUAAACUUUGUAGUGUGUACGUGGCCUACGUGUAGCAUGAAAGGCAACAGAAUGAUGAUGACUUUUUCAUGUAAUCAUACAGCAGCGCCGAUAUGAUAAUGUUUACCUUAUUACUGAUCGAAAGUGUUCUCUGUCCGCUCUUAUCAAGGAAAAUACUUUCAGAAAAGUCCUUUAUCUUAAACUGUGAAUGUUCAGUAUUUGUCCUUGAAUCCCACUGGAUUGUGUUGAGAUUUUAUCGUAGCAUUUCUGUAAGAUGUUGUCUUUCCUAAAGAAUGUAUUUGUUUAUGCCAAGUGGUUUAUCAAUUUACGGGUUUAAUGUUCAGAUGGUUCUCUUUUCUUGUAUUUUCUCUGCAAAAUGACUUGUUUUUAUUGCCAGUAAAUGAUUAGGGUAAAAAAAAAAAUAGGACUUUUUCACAUCGCAAAAGCUUUUCACCACUACGUUUUGAAUGUCUGGCCACUUUUGUGACUGAAGCAGUACAGUAUGGGGGUUCAUUGGAUAUAUGAACCAUUCUAUCUCGUUCUUUCCCAUCUGUACAUUACCAGUAGCUCUCAGCAGGCCACUUCCUGUUCAGCUAUUAUAACUUCAGCCUGUUACUUUUAGUCACCAGCAUCUCUCUUCUUCUGACCUUCACACUUAUCAUGUGCUAUUCACCUCCUGGUGAGUGAAAACCACCAGAAAUGAGCCACUCGCAAACAAAUGAAGGCCAAAACCUGCUGAAACAUACCGCAGCACACAGCAACACUGAUAUUACUGCUCCACUUGAAACAUGCUCAAGAAUGUGAUACUGUCAGCAACUCUCUGUCUCCUUUGUGACUCCAGUAAUGGUGUAGAUGGUGUGUGUGCAUGCACGUGUGUGGCUGCGUGCACUUUGAAUUCAAUAAACAGAUGAUAACGAUUAGAAAGAGACGUGUUUAUGCUGAAAACGUUCAAACAGCCUUCAUUUGAACAGAGUCAUUGUGUGAUCAUUAUGGGUAUUUUUGGCAGUUUUUGUGCACAUGGUGUUGUGGUGGCCUUCAGGAUCUCAUCUUCUCCCACCAGCAGAGACGUCUUCAGCCUCAUUAUCACCGCAUGCUUUCAAACCCACACUGCAACUGAGCCUCACAAUUCUGCAGUUAUUCCAGGUAUUUGAUAAGAAUUGCAGAAAUGCAGAAUUUUACCAAUUUAAAAAAAUAGCAUGCAAAAUAACAGACUGUUUUUGUAAAAUAGCUGGAAGGUAAAUGAAACCGGAAGCUCUAGUAAUAUGACUGCGCCUGCUCUCAAGUUACAAAUAAGGUGGUAGCCUACACAUUUCAAAUUUGGUGUCGAUUACGUUUUAUUAAACAAAAUGUUUGAACACACUGCAGUACAACACUCUCAACAGGGCUCUCAAGAUAUAGCAGGGGUGUCAAACUCAGUUCCUGGAGGGCCGGAGCCCUGCAGGGUUUAGAUGCAACCCUAAUUAAACACACCUGAUCCAGCUAAUCAUGUCAUUUAGGCUUAUUUGAAAUCUAGAUGGUUUGUGUG